CUUCUUUUUUUUUGGAACAUAAAUUUUGGUAUAUAAAUCAGAGACUAGACCAUCAUUUCAUUUCAUAUCUAAUCAUAGGCUUCAAGUUUAUCUAUCUUCUUCACACUCACUGAGCAGAUGAAUAUGAAGACUUGGUCUAGAGUUCUAGCUGCUCUGGCUCUUGCUCUUUCCAUGGUGCUCUCAACAUGGCCUGAUAUUGCAACAGCACAAGCUCGUCCAUUAACUUCUGCUUCUGCAUCGAAAAAAGCAGCUUCUGCAUCUUCAUCACAAGGUCUUGAAGAUUUGGAGGCAAAGAAGAAGAACCCGUAUAAGCAAGUUGGCUCAAGCUUUAGAAGAAUACCACCAAGCACUUCAAAUCCCACACAGAACAAGUCCAAUCCUCCAUAAGGUGGCUGAAAGUGGAAGUACAGAACAAUAAGGGUAUCUAGCUAGCUAGCUUUCUCUCUCAUUCAUUUUUAGACCACUUGUAAUGCAACUGCAGUUUUGCUACCUAGCUAAGGUUUUGUUAG